AUGGCUUCCUCCUCCUACAACAUGCAUUUCCCGCCUUUGCCUGGAGGCCCAUCCUCCUCCUUGCUCCCUGUUUUCUCUAACCCGAUCGGGUUAAACUUUGUCUCAAACCUAACCAAGGAAGAUCCUGUUGCCAGUGAUUUUUCACUAUCCUUCCAUCCCCCUGCUCCUAAGGUUCCUUUUUCUACAGAUGAGCUUGCUCUUGGGCUCCCUGAUUGGGGCUCUUGUCUUGUCGGGUACUCUAUCGGCCCCCGACCCACCUACCUCAGCCUUCUCAAUGUGGUGAAGCGUGCUUGGAACCCUAAAGGCUCGGUCGAUCUACUCUCGCUGAAUGAUGGCUUCUUCCUUUUCAAGUUUUCAACUCCGGAUGACUACCAAGUUGCAUGGACGGGAGGACCCUGGUUCUUCUUUGGCCGGCCAUUCAUCUUGCAGAAAUGGACACCAAAGUUCAAACCUAAAAGAGAUGAGUUUUCCUCUAUCCCUCUUUGGAUAAAAAUUUUUGAUUUACCUCUAGCUGUUUGGAACCCGACUGGUAUUUCUAAGAUUGCGAGCUUUGUGGGUCAUCCGCUUGCGGUGGAUGCUCUCACUGCUAGGAAAACUAGACUUACCUAUGCUAGAGUUUGUGUGAUGGUAUCCUGUAAUUCCCCUCUGCCUGAUGAAAUUCCUGUUUCUCUUGAUGGCGAUGAUGUGAAUUUAAAAGUCUUGUAUGACUGGAAGCCUUCCCCGUGCUCUGGCUGUGGCUCGUUUGUCCAUCCCUCCUCUCUUUGUCACAUUAAUCCCCAGCCAAAACCCCCCACGGCUCCUGGUCACGAGAGAAGCUCCUCCCGUACUCGGGUUCCCCGUCUCCCCUCAGCUUCUAAACCUCCCCUUCUUCCUCCUAAUACGCCCAGAAUCAUCCCUCCUCCACCAAAUACCACUCCACCAAUCACUACCCAACCCAUCCUUCCCCCCCUGCGUCUUUUUUGCCCGCUGCUGAUCAACAGAUUUCUGUGGCCUACCCGCCGCGGUCGGAAUUACCUACUACUUCUAAGCUGA